AUAAAUAUGAUCAUUCCUGUAUUACAACAUGUGAAGAUUCCUCCUAAACCUGAAGAUUGCAAAUUCAUGUUUGGUCUUCAUGAAAAACCAAAUUUAGCUGCCUUUUUAAAUGAAUUUUUAUUGGAUUUUCUAUUACUUCCAUAUGGACCUCAUAAUGUAUCAUCUGGAUUUGAUAGUAGUGCAACUGCUCCACCAGGAUUAUGUCUUAAAUCAUUUAAGAGAGUUUUGGGUGAGAAUCCACCUAGUCCAGAACAACUUGAACAGUAUAAAUUAGGAGUAAUAAAAUUCAUUUCAAGUGGAGUAUAUCCUGAAGUUGAGAUUGUUCCACAUUUAAUUAUUGCUAUUUCUGAUACAAGACAUAGGUAAAAAAUUGUUAUUUUUAUUAUUAAUGAUAAUUUUAU